CUGAGCCUGCGGACCUGAAGCAGUGGGCUUUAUAAAGAGCUAAAUUUACCAAAUUUACGUUGUUUCCUGAGCUCUCACAAUUGGUCAGGCGGGCCCGGGCUAGAGGGUUAUAAGGUUUGGAGGACCUCCUACCCCUCUAAAAAGUUUGUUCAUGUACUCGGGGCGCAGCUUGUGGAGAGAGGCGACAGUGAGCUGAGGCGCACGGACGGACUCGGCGCGGCUGCCGCUCGACACGACGCGACUUUGACGAGAGACAGUUGUCAUUUAAAAGAAAAAAAAAAAACAAACAAAAAAAAAAAAAAAAACAAACCAAAACGAUGGCCUUAACUGGAGUGAUGCUACCGUCUUUUUCGACAUUCUCAAACCAAAGAGAAAAAACCUGGGAAAAUAGAUGGAAAGGGGAGAUGGACAAACUGGUUUCCACCAACUGCUCCAUGCUUGAGAUGGUACAGAACCUGGACAGUCACGGCAAAAAGGACGACGAGGAUCUCAGUAAUUACUUGGAUCUGGAUUUUAUACUCUCGAACACGACCGGGUCGGACAGCGCGGCGGACUUCGUCGGCACCACCGAUCCCAGCAUGUACUCGACUGGAAACUCGGUGCCAUCGUACCCGGCAGACGACCACCGCUCCCCGCCGCCCCCAUACGGCGCCAGUCUUAUGACAGAGCUCCUGCGCUCAGAAGGAACCUGCAACUAUGGCAUUACGCGCAACCCUGGCAUUCAGGGGAGGUUUUAUGUCAACACGGCGCCUUUCCCCCGCCCGGACAACAUCAAAGUGGAGCCACCCAUGGACAGUUACGGCCCGGUCAUGGGCAUGGUGCCACAGAGCUGCAGCAAGAUCAAGCAGGAGGGCAACGUCUCGUGCAUGAUGUCCUUCGAGCAGCCGCGGGUGGCCAUCUCCCCCCGGGCUGCCAGCAGCAUGACCCCCCCGCUCAGCCCCGACGACCAGGGCGCGUCGGACUGCCAGACGCAGCUGUGCCAGCAGCCCAUGAACUUCCAGCAGAAGUAUCACGCGCCGGCGGCUUUCCAGCACCACCCUCAGGCUCACCAGAUGCAGAUGCCUUACCACGCUCCGCACCCGGGCUUCGGCAUGUAUGACGAGAGCCUCAGCCUGCAGCCGGGCGCGCAGCGCGUGAUGCACCCGCCCUCGUCGCCGCUCGAGCUGCUGGAGUCCAAACCAAAGAGGGGUCGGCGCACGUGGCCGCGGAAGCGCACGGCCACGCACACCUGCACCUUCGCCGGGUGCGGGAAGACGUACACCAAGAGCUCUCACCUGAAGGCACAUCUCCGAACUCACACCGGCGAGAAGCCGUACCACUAGUGGGAAGGCUGUGGAUGGAAGUUCGCCCGUUCGGACGAACUGACGCGCCAUUUCCGAAAACACACCGGACACAGGCCCUUCCAGUGCCACCUGUGCGAGCGUGCCUUCUCCAGGUCUGACCACCUGGCGCUUCACAUGAAGAGGCACAUGUGAAGGAGCCCAAACAAGGACUUGGGGUUUCAUGGGUGGGGUUGU